GUACUUUAUUUUUAUUAUUUGUAUUGCAACAAUAAUAACAAUAUUACACAUCAAUACAGUGACAUUCCUGUGAAUACACUGAAAAAAAUCCAUAAAAUUGAUGGUGGGAUUGAGUUUGGGCCUGCCUGGUGAUGUCACCAGGUGGUAAAUUAAUUAAUAGACCAAUAAGAAAGAGAGUUCCAAACCCCUCUGCCAAUAACAGCUAGUUUUCGGUUUUCCCCUCCACACUCAGACCACUUCCAGAUAGUACUAGCAACCUUUUUGCUUGAGAAAUCACUCUUUGCUAAGAAGCUAUUUUUGUUAAUGUUUUACGAUUUAAAAUGAAAACAUCACAGUACUUAAUUUUUACCCAGAAAUGAUUUGAUAUUGAGGUAAAAACGUCUGCAUAUGACCUUUAAACAAGAAAAUGUUCCAUCACUGGACUGAGAAUGACAUAUGUCAUUAGAGAUGAAGCCAGCAUAACGGCUUUAUAAUUCACUGUAUUAAAGUGUAAUACACAUUGUAUAAAUGUAGCCUUUUUCGACUGAUAAAUUACAAAGAAGUAUAUGAACAAUCUGUCAAAAGAAAUAUAUGUACAACAAGCAAAUGUACCAAAGAAAAAUGUAUUUUUUUGAAUACUGUACUACAAAAUUAAUGAAAGUGAAUGGGCUGAGAGGGUGUAGGCCAGGUAGUUGCGAUCAGCCAGGUCACCAGUGAUACAAGUCACUAGGGAGAUUACCUGGAAACUAGCCACUAGGGUCAACAGUGAGCAUCCGCCUCUGAUUCCAAAGGUUGCAAGUCUGAAUCCAGCAAUAGAAAGUUGUUUGAUAUGUUUGUUUUAAGUCUUUAACCCUUCCUUAUACAUUCGGAGUUAAUGCCUAAAUUUAACCUUUGAAAUGUUAUGUUUGAGAAACAUGGAUGAACGUCUAAUUCUGACGUAAGACUGUGAGGGAUUGUUGGUAGUGGCUUCCGGACAGCGCCCCCUGUCUGCUACCCACUAAUUUUAGAACAGUCGUUUCACUUAAGGCUACACAGCCAUCUAGUGGCGGCAUACAAUAAUAAUUGUAAAACAUUGUAUCAUUUACAAAGAAAAGACUGGAUAACACAAUGUACUAUUCUUACAUUCACUGUACUUUGUGUUAGACUUUACACUCAAAAUAAAAUAAAAUAAAAUAGCAUGUAUGAUGUUUGCACUCAGCCUACAUUUCCCAUGACUAGGAAGGCUGUCUGUGCGUGCGGACUCUUUGCACAGCUCCUGCUCGUCCGAUUUCACAGAUCUGUAAACACUCGGGAUGGGACCAACACGUGCUAUGUGUUCUGUAUAUAUAGGUUUUGGGGUGAUGAUGCUGCGAACGUGUGCAACUGCUGAACAAUAUGUUGCUUAUGCAUUUAACCUUGGUUUUUAUUUUCGCUUAAAGGAGACGCAACAAAGUGGUAACGCGACAUGGCCCGUGCAAAUAGUUAGGUUUACUAUAGCUUUAAGAAUGCAAAAUCGUGUCUGGUUCUUUAAAAAUGGAUAUUGGUUUAUUAUUAUAGUAAGAAUUAAGAAAGUUUUUUAUUUAUUAUUAUUGAUCAAUAAAUGAAUGCUUAUAAUUUGCGGACAAGGCCCGAAUUCUGUGAAUUAUGUCACAGUCGGAUUACGGCCUUUAGCUAGCAAUCCAAGCGUUUGAUCGAUGUAUCAAAUGUAAUCAUUUUUGUUCCUGUCAGUACAGUAUCAGAGAAAGUCAUAAAUACGAUCCGGGGCAAAAGGGUAGGAACCAGGAACACGCGGCGAUGGAGCCGCAAAUCGGCGAUAACAAUAAAAGGGAAGAGCCCAAAGACGACAAGGCCACGGUCCAAUCCCCGACCUCGAGUGCAGCGGUCACCCCGCGCAGGACUUCGAGAGGCCGCGGAGUCGGCCGGAAGAAGGGGGUUUCUCCUUCGCCGUGUACGAAUGGAGCAACACCAGGCACUCCGAGUUCUGGACGAGUGUUACGAGACCGGUCUACACGAACGGUACCAGCUUGGUUGCAGAGCGAGAAGAGUGACGAUGCAGAAGAAUCGUGCCCCGACAAAGCCGUAAACCGCCGGAGGAAGGCUGCUUGUCCACGACCCAGGAAAAAUGCCUCCUCCGCAGCUCCAACAGAGAGUACAGAAGAGGUCGGGAAUGACGACAGUAGUCAAGCUCAUGACUCAGGGGACCCAAAGAAACCCACCGUUCAAGCCCCCCCUUACUCACAGAAUGCUCAGGCGCGUGCCAAGGCCCCUUCUGCCCAGGGUGCCAGGGGGUCUGCCAAACCUGUGUGCAAGAGUGAGCCUGGCACCGACACCCCAACCGUGGAGGUGGAGGCAAAGGUAGUCGAAAAGAAGACAGUUGGGAUUGAGAAAAAAGAGGAGAAUGAGGAAGAUGUUCUCUUGGGAGGAGAAGAUGAGCCUCCUUUCCAAGAUGACCCGAAAGACCUCAGCUUCCAGCCCCGGUCACAGAGUGGGGAGGAGGUAAUCAGCAGUGACGAUGACAUUCCCUUCAGAGAUGACCUCAACGACCAGAGCUACAACCCAGAGGCUGAGACUACUAGGGAUGUCCCCAAACCGCGGCGCAAACCCCCUCUGAGACAGAAAGAGAAGGAGCCAGGAAUCAAGAUAGAGGGCACAGAUGUGAAGCUGGAGAAUGAGUUCGGAGAGGGGGAUGUGCCCAGAAAAAGAGGCAGGCGAAGGAAAGAUGAUAAAAGUCCCCGGCUCCCGAAAAGAAGAAAGAAGCCCCCGGUGCAGUACGUGCGUUGUGAGAUGGAGGGGUGUGGCACAGUCCUGGCUCACCCUCGCUACCUGCAGCACCAUAUUAAGUACCAGCACCUGUUGAAGAAGAAGUUUGUAUGUCCUCACCCAUCCUGUGGAAGACUCUUCAGGCUGCAGAAACAGCUACUUCGCCAUGCCAAGCACCACACAGACCAGAGGGACUACAUCUGCGAGUUCUGCGCCCGGGCCUUCAAGAGCUCCCACAAUCUGGCCGUGCACCGCAUGAUCCACACCGGAGAAAAACCACUGCAAUGUGAGAUCUGCGGCUUCACCUGUCGCCAGAAGGCCUCCCUCAACUGGCACAUGAAGAAGCACGACGCUGAUGCCACCUACCAGUUCUCCUGCUCCAUCUGUAACAAGAAGUUUGAGAAGAAGGACAGUGUGGUGGCCCACAAGGCCAAGAGCCACCCGGAGGUGCUCAUCGCCGAGGCCCUGGCGGCCAACGCCGGUGCCCUCAUCACUACCCCCGCCUCCCUGCUGGAGGCCUCUGGAAUGGGUUCUGUCGGGAACCAGGGGGAGCUGGUACGACUGGAGCCCACCCAGCAGAUGACUCAAGUGGGGCAACAGGUGGCUCCGCUGGGGCAAGUGACCCAAGUGGGCGAACAAGUGACCCAUAUGGGGCAACAGGUAGCUCAGAUGGGUCAGGUCAGCCACCAGGUGGUAGUAGUGAGUCAGGACCAGGGCCUGCAUGCCAUGCAGAUGCCCCUAACCAUCGCCCUGUCCCCCAUCGACCCCCCGUCGCCCUCCGACACCCAGCAGCAACCCCACCACACCCUCCAGCUCCAGAUGCCCCUUCAUUUUGUUCAGCAGCAUCAGCAGCAGUCGCAGCAGCAGCAGGCCCAGAUCCAGCAACUGGCCCUUCAUUCCAGCUCAGUGGUAACCCAGCAGCAUCAGCCCCACCAGCUCCAGCAAAUGACCCUGCAGUCUUAUCAGCAGAAUCAGCAGCCGCAGAUUCUCCACAUGACCUUCCAGAACGUCGAUGGGUCACAGACCCAUCUCCAGCAGAUCCCCCUGUUAGCCACCCCCCAGCAACUCCAAACCCUCCAGAGUAGCUCCCAUAUUUCUACUGCCAACCUCCCUCUCAUGGCCCAGGUUCAACCACAACCUCAGGACAUUCAGCUUCAGGACCCAACCACUGUGGGUUGUAGCGAAAGCUACACUCUGGACGAUUCUGUUCCCUCUGCCUCCUCUCCUUCCCCUAACACCCUUCAACAGUGUGAGACUGUAGGGGAGGGAGAGGUAGUUUGGGAAGGGGGCGGAGACGGAGUAGAAGAGGGGGAUGUCUUGACUGAUGCCACAGAAGUACACAUGCAACAUGUACUUAUCUAGACUAGUCUGCGUGGGUGGGGGGAGACUAGUCUGGAAAUUCAAACUGAAUUCAGCUCUGUUUCACUGUACUAUCACUAAUUAGGAAAGUGAAAUAACAUGAUUCAGUCUGGAUUGAGGUUAGGGAAAACUGCGAACGAUGUGGAAAGACAGUAAUUAAGGGAGAGGUCUAGCUAUGUCCCUCCUAAUGUAUUGUGGCAUCAUUUGAAAUAUAUAGGAUCACAGAAAUAUGUAUUUAUAGUCACUUUUGGUAGCUUUUUAGAUCUACCCGCAUCAGGGCAGUUGUGUGUGACUUGUUGCCUUUGUACAUAAAGUGAUGUAGCCAUCUAAACCCAUCAA